AUGUCCGACGGUCAUCUCUUCAACAACAUCACUCUCGGAGGCCGCGGAGGCACCAAUCCAGGGCAGAUAAGGAUAUUUUCUGGAGGAAUUAUAUGGAAGAGACAGGGUGGUGGUAAAUUAAUUGAAGUUGAUAAAUCAGACAUAAUGGGGGUAACAUGGAUGAAGGUGCCAAGGACUAACCAACUUGGUGUUCAAAUCAAAGAUGGCUUGUACUACAAGUUCACAGGAUUUCGUGACCAGGACGUUGCAAGUUUGACUAAUUUUUUCCAAAACACCUGUGGUAUAACAGUAGAGGAGAAACAACUUUCUGUUAGCGGGCGUAAUUGGGGAGAAGUUGAUCUAAAUGGAAAUAUGCUGGCUUUUAUGGUUGGUUCAAAACAAGCUUUUGAAGUGUCUUUAGCAGAUGUCUCUCAAACACAGCUUCAAGGGAAGAAUGAUGUGAUCUUGGAGUUUCAUGUGGAUGACACAACUGGAGCUAAUGAGAAAGAUUCACUGAUGGAGAUAAGUUUCCAUAUACCAAAUUCCAAUACCCAGUUUGUUGGUGAUGAAAAUCGUCCUCCUGCUCAGGUUUUCCGUGACAAAAUAAUGUCGAUGGCUGAUGUUGGUGCUGGAGGUGAAGAUGCUGUUGUUACUUUUGAGGGUAUUGCAAUCCUUACUCCAAGGGGACGAUACAGUGUUGAGUUACACAUGUCGUUUUUGCGGCUUCAGGGACAAGCUAAUGAUUUCAAAAUUCAGUAUAGCAGUGUGGUUCGCUUAUUUUUACUUCCUAAGUCUAAUCAACCUCAUACCUUCGUUAUUAUUAGCCUUGAUCCCCCUAUUCGGAAGGGACAAACUUUGUACCCUCAUAUUGUGAUGCAGUUCGAAACUGAUUAUGUAGUUCAAAGUGAAUUGGCAAUAAAUGAAGAUAUUUAUAACACGAAGUAUAAGGAUAAGUUGGAGCUGUCUUAUAAGGGGCUUAUUCAUGAAGUGUUCACCACAAUAUUACGCGGCUUGUCAGGUGCCAAAGUGACUAAGCCUGGAAAAUUUAGGAGUUGUCAAGAUGGUUAUGCUGUGAAAUCAUCUUUGAAAGCUGAAGAUGGAAUUCUGUAUCCCCUUGAGAAGAGCUUCUUCUUUCUACCUAAACCUCCCACUCUUAUUCUUCAUGAAGAGAUUGAUUAUGUGGAAUUUGAGAGGCAUGCUGCUGGUGGCUCCAAUAUGCAUUAUUUUGACCUUCUUAUCAGACUAAAAUCUGAACAAGAGCAUCUCUUCCGUAAUAUUCAGAGAAAUGAGUACCACAAUUUGUAUGAAUUUAUCAGUUCAAAGGGCUUGAAAAUUAUGAAUUUAGGAGACGCCCAACCCACUGUUGGUAUAAAGAAGGUUCUUGAGAAUGAUGACGAUGAUGCUGUUGAUCCACAUCUUGAGCGUAUAAAAAAUGAAGCUGGGGGUGAUGAAAGUGAUGAGGAGGAUUCGGAUUUUGUUGCUGACAAAGAUGAUGAAGGUUCUCCUACUGAUGAUUCUGGGGCCGAUGAUUCUGAUGCUAGUGAUAGUGGGGAUGAGAAAGAGAAGCCCGCCAAAAAGGAAGCAAAGAAGGACUUGCCUUCUAAGGCGUCUUCUUCAAAAAAGAAAUCAAAAGAUGAUGAGGAUGGAAAGAAGAAAAAACAGAAGAAGAAAAAAGACCCAAACGCACCCAAGAGAGCAAUGUCCGGUUUCAUGUUCUUUUCUAAAUUGGAAAGAGAGAAUCUAAAGAAAACUAAUCCUGGAAUUUCGUUUACGGAUGUGGGAAGAGUACUUGGAGAGAAAUGGAAAAAGAUGUCAGCGGAAGAGAAGGAACCAUACGAGGCAAAAGCACGUGAAGAUAAAAAACGUUACAUGGAUGAAAUUAGUGGCUACAAGAAUCCCCAACCCAUGAAUAUUGAUUCUGGAAAUGAAUCUGACGAUGCCUAA